AUGGCAACGUCGAGGAGUCGGCCCUCCUCGGGCGGCGCUGCCAAUGCUCUGGGGCGCCGUGUGUCUGACGAUUUUGACGACUACGCCAACAACUACACGGUGGUGAUGCCCCCGACACCCGACAACCAGCCCGCAGGCGCAGGGGACAAGCCCGACGGGCCCACCAUAUUCCGUGCUCCGUCCUCCAGGUUCCGCUCCGAGUCACAGCCGCCCGGGAAGCUCGACCGCAGGAUGUCCAUACUCAACAACAACAACAACAACGAUAACAACAACAAGUCGAUGCUGUUGAGAAGCCAGACGCAGGAUUUCGACCACAACCGUUGGCUUUUCGAGACGAAAGGCAAGUACGGGAUCGGGAACGCGUUCUGGCAGGAUGACGACUCGUUCGACCACGACACGGGGAUGAGCAUGCAGGAUUUUAUGGACAAGCCCUGGAAGCCUCUCACCCGCAAAGUUCCUGUUCCUGGAGGGGUUAUCAGUCCUUACAGGGUCCUCAUUGUGUUCCGAAUGAUAGCAUUGGCUCUUUUCCUGGCAUGGCGGGUGCAGAACCCCAACCGAGACGCCAUGUGGCUUUGGGGAAUAUCCAUUGUGUGCGAGAUAUGGUUUGCCUUCUCUUGGCUGCUCGAUAUCUUGCCAAAGUUCAACCCCAUAAACCGAGCGGCUGACUUGUCGGCUCUCAAGGACAAGUUCGAGACGCCCAGCCCGUCAAACCCCACCGGCCGCUCGGACCUUCCGGGAAUGGAUGUGUUCAUUUCCACAGCUGACCCCGAGAAGGAACCUCCUUUGGUCACAGCAAACACGAUCCUCUCGAUCCUGGCCGUUGAUUACCCUAUCGAAAAGUUGUCCGUCUACAUAUCGGACGAUGGUGGCGCCAUUCUCACCUUCGAGGCCAUGGCCGAGGCUGUCAAAUUUGCAGAGAUAUGGGUGCCGUUCUGCCGAAAGCAUGACAUCGAGCCAAGAAACCCCGACUCGUACUUCAGCCAGAAGACGGACCCCACUAAAAACAAGAAGCGGCCUGAUUUUGUUAAGGACAGGAGGUGGAUCAAGCGGGAGUAUGAUGAGUUCAAAGUAAGGAUCAAUGGCCUUCCGGACGUCAUAAGAAAACGGUGCAAGAUGUACAACAAAAACGAGGAGUUGCAGGAGCAGAAGCUCGUGCGGGAAAAGAACGACGGCGUGCUCCCCCCUGAUCACAAAUCCGAAGUCACCAAAGCCACGUGGAUGGCUGACGGGACCCACUGGCCAGGGACGUGGUUUGAACCUGCGGCAGACCACUUCAAGGGAGAUCAUGCUGGAAUUUUGCAGAUAAUGAGCAAGGUGCCUGAAAAUGAUCCUGUAAUGGGAGGACCGGAUGAGGGCACGUUGGAUUUCACGGGAGUUGACAUCCGCAUCCCAAUGUUUGCAUACGUCUCACGGGAGAAGAGAAAAUCGUACGAUCACAACAAAAAGGCGGGCGCCAUGAAUGCUCUCGUGAGGGCGUCCGCCAUAUUGUCAAAUGGGCCCUUCAUUCUCAACUUGGACUGUGACCAUUAUAUCUACAACUCCAAGGCCUUGAGAGAAGGUAUUUGCUACAUGAUGGACCGUGGUGGGGACCGUGUCUGCUACAUACAGUUCCCACAGAGAUUCGAAGGCAUAGACCCCUCUGACAGAUAUGCGAAUCACAACACCGUGUUCUUUGACGGGAACAUGAGAGCUUUGGAUGGUCUUCAGGGACCAGUGUACGUGGGGACGGGGUGCAUGUUCAGGCGCUACGCACUCUAUGGCUUCCCACCUCCGAGAGCGAACGAGUACUCAGGCUGGAUCGGGCAAAAUAAGACCCCGGCCAAGACCAUAAAGCCCAGUAAGCAAGAGGACGAAGAGCCCCUGACAGCCAGUCACCCGGAUUUGGACCUGCCCAAGAAAUUCGGGAAUUCAACCAUGUUCACUGACUCCAUAACCGUUGCUGAGUUUCAAGGGCGGCCACUAGCUGAUCAUUUCUCAGUCAAGAAUGGGAGGCCACCUGGUGCGCUGCUCGUCCAGCGUCCCCCUCUAGAUGCCCCUACUGCAGCCGAGGCUAUUGCCGUCAUUUCUUGCUGGUACGAGGACAAUACGGAGUGGGGGGAUCGCGUCGGGUGGAUCUACGGGUCGGUUACAGAGGACGUGGUGACGGGAUACCGCAUGCACAACCGCGGCUGGCGCUCCGUCUACUGCAUCACGCGGCGCGACGCCUUCCGCGGCACGGCCCCAAUCAACCUGACGGACCGUCUCCACCAGGUCCUGCGCUGGGCCACGGGCUCCGUCGAGAUCUUUUUCUCCCGCAACAACGCCCUCCUCGCCACCCCUCGCCUCAAGUUCCUCCAGCGCAUCGCCUACCUGAACGUCGGCAUCUACCCCUUCACCUCCCUCUUCCUCGUCGUCUACUGCUUCCUCCCGGCCCUCUCCCUCUUCACCGGCCAGUUCAUCGUCCAAUCCCUCGACAUCGCCUUCCUCCUCUACCUCCUCAUCAUCACCCUCUGCCUCGUCUGCAUCUCCCUCCUCGAGGUCAAGUGGUCCGGCAUCGGCCUCGAGGAGUGGUGGCGCAACGAGCAGUUCUGGGUCAUCGGGGGCACCAGCGCCCAUCUGGUCGCGGUCCUGCAGGGGCUUCUCAAGGUGGUGGCCGGGAUCGAGAUCUCCUUCACCCUGACUUCGAAGUCGGCUGGGGAGGACGAGGACGACGUUUACGCGGACCUCUACAUCGUCAAGUGGACGGGGCUGUUCAUAGUGCCCCUCACCAUCAUCAUCAUUAAUCUGGUGGCCCUGGUUAUAGGGUUUGCGAGGACGGUGUACAGCGUGAUCCCGGAGUGGAGCAAGCUGCUCGGGGGGGCCUUUUUCAGUUUCUGGGUGCUGGCGCAUAUGUACCCAUUUGCAAAGGGGCUGAUGGGGAGAAAGGGGAAGCUGCCCACCAUUAUAUACGUCUGGUCGGGCCUCAUCUCUAUCACCGUCUCAUUGCUCUGGAUCGUCAUCAGCCCUCCCGGCGGGGCGCAGCCAGGUGAUGGGGGAGGAGAGGUUAAGUUUUGA